AUGGAUCGCCCAGAAGUUAUUGAGCCGCCGCAGAAGCGACAGAAGACCGAGGAUGUGUCUUCUGUUGAUGCGACGGUUGAUGCGCUGAAGACCGAUGUUGUGGAGGAUGCGCAGGCUUCUAAGGAACGGGAAGUCGGUAUCACGGAGCUGGUCACCGGGAACAUCGAUGGAUUUUCUGGCACCUUGAAGAAGAGAUACACCGACUUCCUAGUCAAUGAGAUCACUCCCUCCGGUCAAGUCGUCCAUCUCCAGAACCUAUCCGUACCCGAGGCUUUGAACGACAAGAAGAACGAGCAACAGCUUGAAACACAAGAGACCGCCCCUGUCGCAAAGGAGGAGGAUACCGAGUUCAAGGUCUCGGAAGAGGACAAUGCUUUGCUGCGUGAAAUUCUCGGCGAACAAAAUGCUGCAGACACCAUUGACCUUCAUGCGCGCGCCAUGGCCGAUCGCAAAGCGAGACCAUCUGACUUUGGAAAAAUCACGAUCAAGGUCACCGACAGGGACCAGCGCACCAAAAUUCACAUGUCUAUCCGUCGCAUCUUCAAGUCACAGCUGGAGACCGCUACCGAUAACGAGGGUAACCUUGACAUAAUGCCUGCUGCCAAUCGCUUCAAGCGCAAUAUUCAGCAGCAGAGCGGGCGUGGCGGUGGUCGUUCCAGUGGUGGCCGGGUCAGCUGGGAUGAAUUGGGUGGUCAAUACCUGCAUUUCACCAUCUACAAAGAGAAUAAGGAUACCAUGGAGGUGAUCUCUUUCUUGUCCCGUCAGAUGAAGAUCAACCCCAAAUUAUUCCAGUUUGCCGGUACGAAAGAUCGCCGCGGUGUGACAGCGCAGCGGGCCUGUGUGGUCCGCGUUCACGCCCAUCGUCUUGCGAAGAUGAACGCCACCCUUCGCAAUGCUCGUCUAGGUGAUUUUGAGUACCGCAAGCAAGGUCUGGAGCUGGGAGACCUUCAUGGCAAUGAGUUUGUCAUCACUCUUCGGGACUGCCAAGUCCCCGGCGUCAGCCUCCAAGACCCCCAGGCUGCUGUCGCAAAAGCCGCUGAGAUCGUCCGGUCCUCGUUGAAGAAUCUCCACGACCGCGGUUACUUUAACUACUACGGUCUGCAACGGUUCGGAACCUUCUCGACCCGCACCGAUACAGUAGGUGUCAAGAUUCUUCAGGAUGAUUACGCAGGUGCUUGCGAUGCCAUUCUGCACUACGCACCACACGUUCUCGCCGCGGCAGAGGAAGGCGACGCCUGCACCGCUCUCAUCAGCAGUGAUGAUAAGGCCCGCGCCAAGGCGAUUCACAUUUUUAAGACCACAGGCAACAUCAAUGACUCUCUGAACGUGCUCCCGCGGAAGUUCUCCGCAGAGGCCAGUAUCAUCCGUCAACAGGGUUAUGGUAAGAAUGACUAUCUCGGCGCUUUGCAGGCUAUCCCUCGGAACCUACGACUCAUGUACGUGCAUGCCUACCAGUCCCUCGUGUGGAACUUUGCUGCUAGCGAGCGCUGGCGUCUCUACGGCGACAAAGUGGUCGAGGGUGAUCUUGUCAUCGUGCAUGAGCACCGAGACAAGGAAGGAGGCGAAGCUGAGACAGAAACUGUCGAUGCUGACGGAGAGAUCAUUGUGGUUCCUCAAGGCGGAGAUAGUGCCAAUGCCACAGAUGACAUGUUCACGCGGGCGCGCGCUCUGACGGCCGAAGAGGCCGCGAGCGGCAAAUACUCUCUCUUUGAUAUUGUUCUUCCCCAGCCCGGUUUCGAUGUCAUCUACCCUCCCAACAAGAUGACUGACUUCUACCGUGAGUUCAUGGCCAGCGAGCGGGGCGGUGGUCUGGACCCGUUCAACAUGCGCCGGAAGUGGAAGGAUGCUAGCCUCAGUGGCGGCUACCGCAAGGUUUUCAGCCGAAUGGGCGGGGACUAUUCAUUUGACAUCAAGAUGUAUUCUGAGGAGGAUCAGAAAUUCAUCAAGACUGAUCUGGAAAAUCUGCAAUCGAAUGCCGAAGCUCCUGCUGCUCCAGCUGCUCCUGAUGCUCCUGUUACACCGGCCGGUGACAAGUUGGCCAUCGUGCUGAAAUUCCAACUGGGAUCGAGCCAGUACGCGACCAUGGCCCUUCGGGAGCUGUCCAAGGGUCUGGUUCAUGAGUGGAAGCCUGACCUCGGUGGCGGUCGUUGA